CUUCUGUCCACUCCCUCCGCUCCACCUCUUUUUUACGUUUGUUCGGGUUUGCACCUAUGCAGAAUUCGAAGAUCAAACUAAAGAAGCAAGAAGAUUUCUAUAAUGCGUUAACGGGUGUGAAAGAAACGAGCGACCAGCUCGUAGAGGACAGUUGCAAAUACGAGGACAGUGAAGUUGGAGAUCUCGUCCGAGAGCAAAUGGACAACUUCUUUAAGGAACUAGCGACAAUCGCAAGUGGCAAUGUUUAUCUAACUGAUGACGAGCCGAUUGACUUGAGACCGUUUGAAACAGAACCGCUCGAUCAGCGACUCGAAGACGAAGCACUUGAAAUGGAAAAACAGAUGCGACAAGCGCUUGACAAUGUCGUUGGUCAACGACGAAACAUUCUCGGACAACUGCAACCACUGGCCAAAGAAGUCGUUUCGCAUAAAGCGUCGAUCGAUCGAGUAGUAUUUGCAAGUGAUCAAAACGAAGAGGAGGGUAGCAGAACAAUACAAGACAACGAAGAGCAGACGGUGGCGGACCGUGAUACCAUGCUAAAAGAAUACCAAGAUGCAUUGAAAAUGCUUCCCUAUCUCGAAAAGGCACUUGUGGAAACCAAGAUGGAGACUGAACAGCUGAACGAUGUUCUCAAGGCAGGAAAGCAUCUUUGA